AUGGGUACAGAGGGACAUAGUGUCGCAAACCAACGAGUGGUCGAAAAUCUUGCUUCAAAGCUUCGUAGACGGCAAGUGGUGGGAUCUAGAGAAACAGCACUUGAAACAGUCCUCGUUCUCCGUCAAGUCGUAUCCAAAGCUCGUUUCUCUAACAUCGAUCAGCUGGUGGAGGUCAUCCGCUCUGUAGGGCGAAAGCUCGUGGACGCACAACCUAAAGAGCACACUGUAGGGAACACUGUACGAAAAGUUCUACAUCAUAUUAGAGAAGAAUAUCAUACGGCCACGCAAGGAACUGUCCUAGCCUCCUCUUCGAAAAAUACCCUUUCAAUAUCAAGAUUUGUCCUUCAAGGUCAACCACGGAAGCAAAAUGCCCUACUUAAAACCUCGGCAGACGCCAAGGGUACUCUCAAAGAAAACGAUCCAGAUGAUCCAGAUUCCUUCGCACGAGGUUUGAAGCCUGUGCUCAUGGAAGCUAUACAAGAUGUCCUUGAUGAGCUAGAGACUGUGUAUGACAACGUAUCCAAAAAUGCGAAAGAUCACAUACAUUCUGAUGAGAUCAUUUUGACGAUCGGAAAAUCAGCAACAGUUGAAGCUUUUUUGAAGUCUGCCGCACAUUACCGAAAAUUCACUGUCAUCGUUGCAGAAACUGCACCAUCAUACACCGGGCACGACAUGGCUCAAUCGCUUUCAUCAGCUGGCAUUUCAACGGUCCUCGUUCCCGAUUCAUCGAUUUAUGCCCUUAUGUCCCGGGUUAAUAAAGUAAUACUCGGAGCUCAUGCGAUUCUUGCCAAUGGAGGCAUGUUUGCGAUCACGGGCUCACUACUGGCCGCAUCGGCCGCACGUGCACACAGCACACCUGUCGUAGUGUGUACUGGCCAAUUUAAACUGACACCACAAUGGAACCUAUACCACGAGUAUGGAGCGUUGGAUUUUGCAGAUCCAAGUAGUGUGCUUGGCUUUGAAGAAGGUGAUCUAGUCGAUAAGGUGGAUGUGGUGAACCCAUAUUACGACUAUGUCCGCCCAGAAUUUGUUGAUGCCUUCAUAACGAACGAUGGCGAUCACCCACCAUCGUCCGUCUACCGACUCAUGAAGGAAGCAUAUGAUGAUGAGGACCAUGAGCUAUAA